ACCAGCUGGGUAUGGGUGCGGGUGUGCCGGCACUGGGACACUAUCUUGCAUUCUUUCUAAUUGGCGUUUGGUUUCUCCCUUCAGUCUUAGGUUCUUUCAUUUCUCGGACCAAUAAUACACACCGGGAUCUGCCAUCAGAAACGACCAAACGGCAUCAGCCAUCUUUCAUUGUCUUGACUUCAGGAUUGAUUACAUUCCAAGGGAACACGCAUCAAAAGGCCAUCCGAUCAGAAACAGCGCCGUCGACCAACCACGGGAAUCAUGGACAAGACGGGCAAGCUCCCCGACGGGGAGACGAAGCAGGAUUACAAGCUGGUCAGCUUCGCCGAAGGGGACCCCGAGAACCCCAAGAACUGGUCCAAGCUCUGCAAAUGGUACAUCACCAUGGUCGUGGCCCUCACGUGUUUCGUCGUCGCCUUCUGCUCCAGUGUCAUCACCUCGGACUUGGGAGGAGUUGCCGAAGACUUCAACGUCAGCCGUGAAGCUGCUCUCUUAACAAUCACGGUCUUUGUGAUUGGCUUUGGCGUCGGUCCCAUGCUCUUCGCUCCUCUGUCCGAGGUAUACGGGAGACGCAUCAUCUACGGCUCGACUCUCCUUCUUGCUGUCGUCUUCAUCAUCCCCUGCGCGGUCUCCAAGAACAUCGGCACCCUCAUCGUCUGCAGAGCGAUCGACGGCAUCGCCUUUUCGGCACCCAUGACCCUCGUGGGCGGCACGCUCGCCGACCUGUGGCGGAACGAAGAGCGCGGCGUACCCAUGGCCGCCUUCUCUGCCGCGCCCUUCAUCGGCCCCGCGAUCGGUCCUCUCAUCGGCGGUUUCCUGUCCGACGCGGCCGGCUGGCGCUGGCUCUACUGGAUCCAGCUGAUCUUCGCCUUCGUCGUCUGGGUCCUCAUCACCUUCACCGUGCCCGAGACGUACGCGCCGACGAUCCUGGCUCGCCGCGCCGCCAAGCUUCGAAAGCAGACCGGAGACAGCGGCUACGUCGCCCAGGCCGAGCUCGACCCCCGCCCCUUCUCGGAGCGCCUCGGCGUGUUCCUGGUCCGGCCCUUCCAGCUGCUCUUCCGCGAGGUCAUCGUGCUGCUCGUCAGCCUCUACAUGUCGGUGCUCUACGGCCUGCUGUACAUGUUCUUCGUCGCGUACCCGAUCAUCUUCCAGGCCCGCAAGGGCUACUCGGCCGGCACGACGGGCCUCAUGUUCAUUCCGAUCGCGGUCGGCGUCGUGCUGUCGGCCACCUUGGCGCCCUUCGUCAACAAGCACUACCUCACGCUGGUGGCCAAGCACCGCGGCAGGCCGCCGGCCGAGGUGCGCCUGAUCCCCAUGAUGGUGAGCUGCUGGUUCAUCCCGAUCGGCCUGUUCGUCUUCGCCUGGACGUCGUACCGGCGCCUGACCUGGGUCGGCCCCUGCCUGGCCGGCUUCCCCGUCGGCUUCGGCUUCAUCUUCCUGUACAACUCGGCCAACAACUACCUGGUCGACUCGUACCAGCACCAGGCGGCCUCCGCGCUCGCCGCCAAGACGUGCAUCCGCUCCUUCUGGGGCGCCGGCGUCGUGCUCUUCACCGAGCAGAUGUACGACCGCAUGGGCGACCGGUGGGCCUCGUCCUUCCUCGCCUUCCUGAGCCUGGCCUGCUGCGCCAUCCCGUUUCUGUUCUGGAAGUUUGGCGCGCGCAUCCGUAGGCGGAGCAAGUACGCCUACGCUGGGGAUGACGAGGACGUGUCCGGGUCGGAUACCAAUGUCGAGAAUGGCGGCGAGAGGGAUCCGGUUGCACCGCUGCAUGCGGAUCUCGAGGACUUGAUGAGGGCGCGGAGUUACGUGAGCAACCCGUGAGGAGGCGGUACAUGACAUUGAUGGAUACUCCGGGAGAGAUCGUUGCGGGCUUGUGUCCAUGGCGUUGGCACCUACGCACCUUCCUGGACCGAGGAUAUGAUUAUGCCUGG